CACAAUGGAGUUACUGAUGCAUUUAAAACGACACGGUAACUGCGUAUUUCGUAGGCACUUGGUGGGCACAACACGGAAGAGGGCUGGGACAACAGAACCUGGAAGUGACAACUAAAAAAUAGGGUCCGUGUUCUUAGUGUUACAUUUUCAAUUUUGUGCCUCCGGUGUACACGUUACACAGUGACGUCGAGAUGUUUUAUUGAUAUUAAUCCCAUGCACCGUAAUAAAACCGUGAGUCUGUUGUGACUGGACCAUCAAAUCAUAGAAUUUGUUUACCAUUCGGAUCCAUUUUUUUUAUUUUACAAGUAAGAGUAAGAAAAAAGUUGUUUCACUAUCCUUAGUUAGCUAUAUAUUUUUUAAUUAGAAACGUAUUUGUUAUUUUAUUUGCAUGUACUGCGUAGACUGAAAUAAAUUUUGAUUUGAAAUUUAUUACAGUACCGUAUUUUUUAAAAUUGUAUUUGAUGUGUAGUGUAACGUCAACGUGUGGACUAUGCAGUGUGUGACACUCUGAGUGAUAAGUAUAAUAAGGCUACGGGGAAUUUGCCUUUUAAUUUGUUAACAACAUUCAGUUUAAAAAGGCCAACAUUAUAGUAUUAAUAUUUAAAUUAAAAGUAAAACAAGUGUGUGUUACUAUCUAUGAUGUCAUGUUGAAUUAAAUUUAAAUGAUUCAUAAUUUAUUAGAUUUUAAAAAAUAAUAAUAGUAAUUAGUAAUAGCAUUUAAAUUAAUGCUGCAUUUACUUGCUUAAACUUAAUGAAUUAGCCAUAUUAUGUUUUUUUAAAUUAUUUAGUAGUAGUAGGCCUAAUCUUUGUGGUUCUGUUAAUAAUUAACUCUAUAAUUUUGCAUAAUUAAAAAAAGUUAUGAUUCUUAUACCGUUCCUUGAUUAUUUAAAAACCUUACGUUUUGGGACAUGUAAUAACAGUAAAAUAUAGAAUAUAGAAAACCUACCUAGUUUGUUCCAUUUGGUUGAAGUCAAUUUAUUUUUUGAAGUACCGGUAGGUCAUAUGUUACCUACAAUAAUAAUCAUUACUGAUUUGCUGCUAAACAAUGAGACCCAUGGAGCAUGAGGGUGCACAUGACCAUGAAAUGAGAGGUUUCAAAUGACAGGAAAUUUUCUACCCUAAUAAUUUGUAUACCGGUACCUACUAUCUUCCAAACUCUAUGAGCUUUAAAAUCAGUUAUCUUAGUUUUAGAUACUUUUUAUUAUUGCUAACAUUUAAAUUAUCAGUUCAUGUCUUUUCUAUUUCUUCAGGCACUUCACGAUGUCAAUAAACGGAUUCAGUUUCUCUAAACUCGAGGAGGAGAGUAACGACGAUGAGGUGGACAUGGGAAUGGGCAGUAUGGACAGGGAACUACAGCCACACUUGUCUGCUUUGAACUCAAACAACUAUCUACCAUAUGUAACACCACUAAGGCCCUCAGGAGAAAAUACCUCAGAAUCAAAAGACAGCACAGAAGAAAUAUGCGACUACCCUUCAAUUGAUAUUUCAACAUUCACAAGCAAUGCUGAAAGUCUGGCCGCGCUGACUGAAGGAAGAACUGUCAAUGAUGUGCAUUCAAAUGACUUAAUUCCCACUAAUGAAUUAAGUGGGCAGGUUAUUACACAAAAGCAGUCAAAUGUUCAAGUUCAGUACGCAGAGGGAAAAAUAAAUGUUAUGCAAGAUGCAGUUGUUGUAAGACCCGAUGGUUCACAAUACAUUGACACUCAGGGAAUUCCCCACCGUUGGUUGGAACAUGAGCAACCCCUUCGACAACGCCGACUUCGUCUCCUCAAAAUAUUUUCCAUUCUUGCCUGCAUACUAUUCUUUCCAACGGGGAUUUUUGCCAUUUAUUACGCAUUCCGAGCAGAGAAAGAAUUUCAGGAAGGGAUUGCAAUAGGGAAUAUUGACCGUGCACAGAAAUUUGCUAAGAGGAGUGAAAAGUUUAUAAUUGUUUGUUUGGUUAUGGCUGUUGUCAUAGCAGCUCUGAUUGUGACUAUUAUUGAGAGGCCUUAUGGCACAUCCAUGCCACGUGGGACUCUUGUGGGCUGAGAUAUUAAUGUUUGAAUCCGUUGUGGGCUGAAAUUUCUUUUUUUCAGUAAAUCAAAAGUUAACAUUGCAGAGAUCUGUUGUUAUAGAAAAUACCUACAGGUUUAUAUUUAAAUAUCUUUGAGCUUGGGAAGGGAAUGCUAUCUCAAAGUCAUUCAAGGUGAUUAAUUACAGGUGUUAAUGAUCACAAGGUAAUUGGUAAAUAUUUCAUAAUAAAAUAUAAAUCAUUCAAUGAAAAAGUUUUUAAAAACAGUUUCUCUAUUUGCCGAUGGACUAGCUCAAAAAUGUCAUUUAUAUUAGAUAUAAUGUAACUGCCAAUUUUGUGUCUAAAAUGCCAUGCAAAAUUCUUUUACUGGUGUGUUCUGCUACUGGUACCUUUAUUUUUUAAUUGUAACAUAAUUUUAAGGCAGUUUAAAUGUCAUAAAAUAUUUAUAUUUCGGUCGUAUAUAAGGACUAAGAAAAUCUUAAAAUUCUAAAGAAAAUUCACCUACAUCAAAUCUUAUUACUAGUUACUAGGUAUUCUCUAAAAUCACAAAUAAUUAAUCGUGUUAAACAGCUUUUUUCUUAAAAUGUACAAUUUUAUAGAAGUGUAAUUUUUUUAGCAUCAAAUUUAAUUUUUGUAGUCUUCUUUUUUACAUUUAUUUUCAACAGUGUGUUGUUAUUUUUUUUUGUCCUUUGCAUUCAAAUAUGACCAACGCUAUAUUCAAUGGUGACUAGAUGAGUAUGCAGAUGGCUUGCCAAUCCUAUUUGUUCCUGAAAAGGUUUUGCUCAUGCAGGACACACAUUUUUUGCUUUUCCUUGAUGUAUGCUUUAUUUGAAGCAUUUUUUUCUAACAUCCUUCCCCAUUUAGGUAAACAAAGGGGGUCACAAAUAAGGUACUGGUAGCUUAGGCACACAAAAGCAAUAGCCCUAAAGUGUUACUUUUACAAUGUAGCACUCACAUCAUCUGUUGAGUGUGCAGCAAAUAAAUUAGGGUAAAAAAAAAAUGGAUAUUAAAUAACUAAUGAAUGUAUAAAUAAUGGCCUUAAUCUCAUCACUAUUAAAAUAGAUCAGAGUUGUUACAAGUUAUGUUUUAUAAAUACUAUUUGCUCAUUUGUUGCAUUUUUCUAUACCGGUAUAUCAUAUCUGCUGAACUCCCCAAAAGCCUUCCUCAAUAUUUUUUUUCUGUGGUCAGAAAUUUUAUUUCCUCAUUUACAACUUUUUUUUUCUGAUUUUACUACUACCGGUACUACUACUACUACUACUGCUGAGUGUUAUUUUAAACACUGCUCAAGCAAUGUGCAGAACAAAAUAAUGUUGCCUUAUUUGUAAAUAAUUAUUAUAUCUGCAAUGAUAACAAUUUAAUCCAACAAUUAUAAACUAAAAUAUCUCUUGAUCGUAUGCAUUUAAUUUUAAAAAAUGGUGGUAUGUAAAUUUAAACAUUGUUAUUUAAGUUUUUUGUAAAUUUAUUGAGAAUCUCACUAUUCGUAUCUGUUUAAUAUUUAAAUAUUUAGAAAGGCACUGAAAGUCAUGUCACCUGUGGGCUCAAGCUCAAAAUAUGUUUCUAGACCACUGGGUAUAUAUUAAUUUUUUAUUAAAAUUGGUUUUAUUUUUGCUCUUUGAUGAUGAUGUCCGUGAAUGAAAUGCUUUUUUGGAGUGUGUACCCAACUAGUAGCAAGUAUCUAAUUAACAAAAUAUGUCUUAUAUAAGUAAUGAAGAUAUGUUCAACAUUCUUAAUUAAAUUGAAUGAAUGUUUGACUUUCAAGCCUCUUUUAUAAUUUGUUAUGGAGUUUAUGAAUUUAGUUACCUGUUUUAAGAAAUAGUUGCAUAACAGAAAAACUCCAUUAUUAAUGGACUAAAUUUAACAUGGGUCAGUUUUCAGACCAAAGAAAGGAGAUAAUUUGUUGCUGUUAAACUUUGGACUCGCUCAUCUUUCAAAGAUAAUUCAUUUACAUUUAAAUGCUGAAUAAAUAAAUAAAUGGAAGACCAUUUGAUCACUUGCAGUAAUUGUAGAAAAACCUUAACGGAGAUAAAAUUAUUCAAAUUAGUUAAUAUAAAAAAAAAUGACACAGAUAAUCAGAUACCAGUUUAAAAAAAAAUUAAAAAGUAGAUGAAGGAAGGGCUUUAGAAAAACCCUAUAUACUUUUAUCAAAUGUUGUGCAAUUUAUAAACUUUGUAGGUGUUGACUUUUAUCAGCAAAUUAUAAUUUGAAAACAAUGUGUACAACAAUUCAUUUAUAUUAUGCUCAUUUUCUGUGUUGUAGAUACAACUUACACCUAUAUAAAUUAUUUAUAAAUAUACUCAAGCUAUUUGAUAUCAAGAUCUUCCAAUACCGGGUAUCAGUUUCACAUCAGUUGAAUUGCACAGAAAUUCCAUUAUCUUGUGACUGCCAAAGUUUUAAAACCAUUGUAAUUGUAAUAUUAUUAUUGUAGAUAUAGCAGAUGUGAUUAUUUUAAUAUAUUUUUAAAAAAGAUUGCAUGAUAUCAUGAUGUCCCAUGAUCAUAAUAGAUUUGUAGAAAUGUUAACAGCUGUUCCUAUUUUUUUUAUUCUAUCAUUAAAAAUCCAAACAAUUCAUUUACUGUACCUAUUGUGUGGAAUUUUCUUUGUUACGUAAAUCUAUAAUAAAUGAUAGUCUGGGAAUUAUUGUUUUUUGCAAACAGUUAUUAGAUUUGACAAACUAUAGUACUAGGCUCAGGUGCCAUGAUGACCAGGUGCACUCAUUUAAAUAAAAAUAUGUUGAUGCCUUCUUUAACAUAAUUUAGUGGGAAAUAAAUUAAAUAUUUUUUAUUUGGUUUUAUAUAUGUGUUAGUAUUAUUAACUAUCGUAUUUCAUCUCAACAUUAAAAUUUCUAUUCUU